ACGAGCAACCGCUGCAGUCAAAACCAAAACACGAGCAAUUAUUCAGCGCAUUUAACCAAUUUUAAAGCAAAAUGAGCGCUUAUUCGGGAUAAUAUGUGUUGAACGCAAGCAUUGAGCACACAAAGGCGAGUGUGUUUGAGAGAUGAGCGGGAAAAAGGAGCUCAGUGGAGGCUCUGAACCGGAGCCAAAGCGCUUCUGCGAGCGGAGCGGGUGUCAUGGCGGCGAGAAACCGGCAGAGGACGACAGCGACACAGUGUCAGUGAUCAUGCCAGUGUUUAAUGCGUCUGUUUGGCUGGACGAGUGUCUGCAGGCGAUACUGGAACAGGAUUUCCAGGGUCGUAUGGAGCUGUGUGUGUUUGACGACGGCAGUACGGACGGCUCCAGAGAGCUGGUGGAGAGAUGGAGGCCGAGGUUCGAGGACAGAGGCAUUUCAGUGCUGAUAUCUGGACACAAAUCCUCAAGCCCGCGCGGAGUGGGAUAUGCCAAAAACCAGGCGGUGAGUCAGAGCUCGGGACGAUUUCUCUGCUUUCAGGAUGCGGAUGAUGUGAUGAAGCCUCAGCGAGUGCGACUGCAGUAUGAAGCUGCCGCAGCAAACCCAACCGCGAUUGUGGGCUGUAAAGUGUGUCGUGUUCCUGAAGGCUCCACUGAACGCUACACCAGGUGGAUCAACUCACUGAGUGCAGGACAGCUCCUCACACAGGUCUAUACGUCUCAUGGGCCGACUGUCAUCAUGCCGUCCUGGUUCUGCUCGCGCAGCUGGUUUGAGAAAGUAGGUCAGUUCCACGAGGGAGGAAAGGGCGUUCCUGAAGAUCUGCUCUUCUUCUAUCAGAGUCUCCGUCUCGGUGUCGUGCUGAGGGUGGAUGAGUGUCUGCUGGUGUACCGAUAUCAUGAACACGCAGCGACCCACUCAGUGCUGGAACAGACCAUCUGGGAUCUGCGCGUGGACUUCCUGCAGGAGCGAGUGCUCAGCCAAUGGGAUUCCUUCACCAUAUGGAAUGCUGGGAAACAGGGGCGUAAACUCUACCGCAGCCUGAGACCCGGCAACCAGAGCAAGGUGAAAGCCUUCUGUGACGUGGAUGACAACAAAAUACAGAAGGGCUUUUACACCUAUGAGGAGUCAAAGGAGCGGCCAAAACCCAAGAUUCCUGUCCUUCACUUCAGAAACGCCUCGCCGCCAUUUAUUGUGUGUGUGAAACUGGACAUGACAGAUGGAGUUCUGGAGGAAAAUCUUCAGUCUCUGCAGCUCACAGAGGGAGUCCAUUACUACCAUUUCAACUGAAGACUGUGUGU